AUGGAUCCUGACAUUCAGGAGUUGGUUGCAGCAACGAAACGCAAACCUGCAGACGGAUUACAAGAUGUCCUUGCAAAGUUAACGGAAUGUCUGGGACAAAAAUCACUGCAAGACGAUGAGUAUUUGGAGAAGUUCAAGCAAGACAUUUUCAACAACGGCAUUCUAAACUACUGUGCAAACGCUCUCAGACUGAAUUUCUCCAAAGUAAACGGGGGCAUCAAAACUGCUGUGCGACUUGCAGACAUUAUAAGUGCAUGCUGUGUCGGUGUCGGCGAUGUCAACAACACUGAAUGUUUCCGCAACAAGUUCCUGCUGCUGGUUGCGAACAACAUGUUGUUUCUGUCGGACUCCCUGAUGAAGAAAGCUCUGCGGGUGAAGAGUGAUGGUGAGAGGACGCGGCUGUUCAGGAGGGUGAUGGACUCCCUCAGCUGGGUACUCAGAGAUCACCACCACCUCAUUCCUCACGUGAUUGACUCUGAACACUUUGAGAACAUCCAGCUGUGUGAGGAUGAGGACGUUGCUGAGAUCCUAUUGGCUCUCUGGAUGGACCUGUUCUCUACCAAGAGUUCCAACAUCAUAGUGGAUAUCGGUGAUGAGGCGUUGAACGUGAUCCUGGACGACUUGAUGUAUAAGAUGUCCAACUUCCAGAACCCUGUGAUUGGCCGCAGUGCUGUGAAGAUUCUAAUGCACAUCAUCAACCAUGACAACAGCAUGCUGCAGGUCCUCCUCACCAGAUACAGAGGUCUGGCUGAGAUGGUUGUGAAGGACUGGAGAGGUAAAGGUUUUGACCCCGUGCUGGAUCGCCUCGUCGGCCUGCUGAAGUUGCCACCGCCCUCCAGACACACGGAUGCCAAGGGUGUAUCAGCUGAGAGGGUGAGGGCAGCGUGUGUGAUCCAGGCUGCCUGGAGAGCCCAUCAGACCCGAAGGAGACUCAGGAAGCUGCCCAGAGUUAUCACCAGACUACAGAGGAGCUUCAGGGAGCGUAAGCGUCGUGAGGAGGAGUGUGUGGAGAGGAGGCGUGCUGAGGAGGAACUGCGUCUCCAGCUGCAGCUGCGCAGACAGACGGCAAACCGGCUCUUCAGGCAGAGACAACUCAACCUCAUGGAACAACUACCCGCAGACCAGGUGCGUGUGUAUCUGGGGGAGGUGGAGCGUCGGGCGGCCAUGUUGAUCCAGAGGGUGUGGAGAGGACACCGCGAGAGGAGGAGCUUCCAGCGACGCAGAUACCACCUGCAGAGACACAAGGCAGCCAACACUAUACAGAGAGCUGUGUUGCGCUUCCUAGAGCGUUGUCGUGCCCAGAAGGCAAACGCCGCCCCCUGGAGGGGGUUCAAGAAAAUCACAGACGAGAGACGAGAGGAAUUACAGAAGGAAAUAGACGAAUACCUCUACAUACACAGCAAGCAUGGUGUGUCGGAGCAGAGGUGUCGUGAGGUCCACAACAGCACCCAGAUGCUGCUUCGUGAUUGGCUGAAGAGCAGACAGGAAGCUGAGAAGCAACAGCAACACACACAAGCACUACUGGCCCAAAUCAACACUGAUAUGGAGCUACUACUGAACGCCCCCUCCCUUAAGGACUCCACGUCUUCAGACUGUUCCGUGUUCCGUAGUCGUUGCGGGCCGGUUGCGGCGCGGGCUCGUCAGUGUCACUCCGCCAUGACGCGCGCGGCCUCCCUCCCCUGGUGGCAGCGCCUCACCUGGGACGCCCUGAACGCAGACCUCUUCCACGCCGACGCACACGGGCACCACGCCGACGACCCAGACGACGCCUUUGCCGACGACGGCUGGGAGCUGCCCACGCUCUACCGAGGAGGCCUACGACGCCAUGACAACGGUAACGAUGGCGUGCCACCCCCACCGUCUGUGCCCAGGCUGCUUUACCCGGGCAGAACGGAGGACGACACAGACACACACACACAAGAUGGCGCAACGCGCAGCAGGACGGCCAGCCCGUACCCGGGUGGCAUACCAAGGCACGACAGAGACAUCCAACAAGCACAGCUGUACCCGGGUGGCAUAAGAGACAACAUCGACACACAAACCAGCAUGGCACAACUGUACCGAGGGAGUAUGAGGGACGCCCAAGACAGCAUGGCACAACAACCGUACCCAGGCGGAAUAAGGGACACUCAGGACCGCAUGGCACAGCGCGAGGUGGCACAGCCGUACUAUGGAGGAGGCAUGCAGCGCAGUACAGACAUGGCAUGGCACGCUGGCACACAGGGCAUGGCGGCACACAGACCGAUGCCCUCGGCCACCGCACAGUACCAAGGGGAAGAGGGGGCGAUACGGCACGACAUGGGGGACACAGCCAACGCACUCAUACGACGCCUGCGGGAGAGCGUCACCACACAGGAGACAUACUAGCUAGGGUGUGUGUGUGUGUGUGUGUGUGUGUGUGUGUGUGUGUGUGUGUGUGUGUGUGUGUGUGUGUGUGUGUGUGUGUGUGUGUGUGUGUGCGCGUACGGCACGACAUGGGGGACACGGCCAACGCACUCAUACGGCAGAGCGCACUUGUGUUGAAAGGCAGGUUUUGUUUUUUUUUACUUUUACUUUGGCCGCCUGUGGUUAAAGGUGCCCGACGAGGGGGAACGACACGCCACACACAUGCCAGAGUUGAAGUGAUACUGUCCCAUUUUUGGAAAUAAGCUCAUAUUACACCUCCCAUUGAGUUAAAUAACUGAGUUUUACUUUUCUCCUGUACUUUCAACCGUUCUCCGAGUAUAGCAGAGCAAAUUGUACCUCCAUGCUAGCAGUUAACAUUGACCCCUGUGAGACCAGUUAGCUGCCAGCAUGGAGGUAAAAUUCGCACUGCCAAAGUAUCACUUUAAGGUAGUGUUGGGUAUUAUAGGUGUCCAGUCAGGGAGGAAGCACACACAAGCCAUGCCAGAGUUACGGUAGAGUGUGCAUAGGACACUGUGGUGUGUGUUCACCUUGUAGCUCAGGAGAGUAGGAUUGUCUACGGACAGAUGCUUUAUCACUGAUGAACUUGUCAAACAGUUUGAAUCCUUAAAAACAAAUGGCAGGUGACCAACUGUUUGUCAUUUGUGUGUGUGUGCGUGUGUGUAUGCGUGCAUGCGUGCGUGCCUGUGCGUGCGCGCACGCGUGCGCAAAUUUUUCACACAUCUUCUGUGUGUGCUUGUUUACACAUGAGUGUUUUUUUUAAAUGUGUGAUUGUAGUGCAUAUAUGCAAUUUAACAGAAGUUCCAACACAGUGAACUUCUUUUUUUUUUUUUUACUAUUUUUUGUCAAUAAAAAAGUUUAACUUGGUCGGCACACAAGAGGAACAAAUAAAACUAAA